CCUACAUCGGUUGUUGCUCUCCAAAAAAACAUUUUUUUUUUCUUCCGCUCUCUUACCUCAUUUCAGUUUCUAGUGCAGGUUCAGAUUUUCGUGUCGGCUGGUUUCUCACACACGCUGGUUUUUGCCAGUUGGACUAAAGGCGCAGAAUUUCUUUGAAACAUUUUCAGCAAAACAUAAAACAGCAUUCAAACAAAAAGGAACAGAAUGCCAGCUUGUAAGAUCUUAUUUUUUCUUCUUCUUGCAUUGUGUACAUCGUGUGGUGAAUGUGAUGAGUUCGUCAAGUAUGGUCAAGUCGGGGGUGAGGUUUCCAUGGAUUGUGGAGUACCUCAGAACAGUGAUGUAGAAUGGAAAUUGAAUGACAUCCUCAUCAUUAAAAUUAAUGGCAAACGUGGAACUAGACAGAAGGGUCAUUCCCAUAUUAAGGACAAAGUAAGUGCAAAUGGAGGAACUUUGAAGGUUCCCAGACUAGAAACAAGAGACUCUGGAGUUUAUUCCUGUAAUUCAGGAAAACGAUACACUUUGCAUGCUGUCUCAGUCUCAGUCUUUGCUAAACCAGGCCCAGUGCUGGUGCAGUCUAGUGAUGUAGAGCUGCACUGUGACAUUACAGGACACCCAAACGUUGAAGUACAGUGGCUGAGUCCCUCUAAUGAUAAAAAAGAUGAUAAAAAACAAGUAAUUCACCUGAAGUCUGUUUCUUCAAAAGAUGAUGGCCAGUGGACAUGUCUGAUCAAGGAUGACUUGAAAUUCAGUUUAAAAUUGACUAUUGUUGCAGGUCUCCAGACCACAGCUGUUGAAGUUCCUGAAGGGGGCAAAAUAGUGCUGCCCUGUUCUCUUCCUCAGAGUGUAUCUCAACGUGUUGUGGGUGGGAAAUGGACGGCUGACCACCUCCCCACAGUCUCUUUCCCAACCUUGAAGAACACGGAAACCAAAGGCUUACACUGGAGUGGCGAUAAUUCAUCAAAAGUCAUAUUUACUAGUGACCAACUCAGCAUAAACUAUGAUGUCACGUUGAUAAAUGCGCAGCGUAGUGAUGAAGGGAAGUAUGUGUGUACUGUGGAGUUUGAGGGAGAAUUGAAGCUAACUGCAGAGACAAGUUUGACCGUUGUGGCCAAACCUUCAGGUGGACAGGAAGUCAUUAAAGUGAAAGGGAAAACAUCUGCAGGUGGUGGAACAUGGAGGAAGGAAGUGUUUGGCCUACAGCUGUGGAUCUGGAUUGCCGUAGGAGCUAGUUCUCUGGUUCUGAUCGGACUUAUAAUUGUGGCUGUUCUUGUCCGGCAAAGGAACAAACGAAUGAAGAGAGUGAAAAAGCUGAGAUCCAUGCGGCAGCCCCUUACAGCCAAAGACUACUGCCGAUGCAGAGCUGAGAGUGAGGUGGAGUUGGUAGGGCAAGAGAGGCCGCUUCCAGUGCCCAGACAACAGCGCAACCCGCGUACACGUACAGCAGGACCGAACCAUACAAUUGAGAAGAGAAGAGAGCAAGACUACUGAGAAAAAAAAUCAUGCCACACUGGGCCUGUGCUUUUAAAUGUGCUUUUUGCUUAAUGAUGCCCACAAAUAAGACAUGCACUUUUUGCUUCAGAUGAAUGAAUAUGCCAUGUAUACAUCAUGUAUAUUUUGCUGAAUAUAUAAUAUAAUUUUUUUCACAACAACAAUGUUGAAUAUUUCCGUCUUUCUUUCAAAAAUAAAAGAUUUAUAUUCAU